ACAUGUCCCAGAACGCACUGCGGCAUUUGAGCUGUGUGUAUGUGAUGCAGAGAGAGAGAGAGGAAGAUUUAGGAAUUCGUCUGCAGACUUGGGGCUGCGCUGUUACUAAAAUAAUGGCCUAGCCUGUCCAGCUAGCUGCUAGUGUUUCCUCGUGCAUCUGUGUGUGCUCUGGGUUAUGAGCAGCUGUAAGACGCCGCACUACAAGCGAUACUCUGGAGGAGCAGCAGCAGCCACCACAGCAGUCAUUCCCAGCAGCCCCACCAACCCCCCAGCUGACUCUAGCAGCGUGAGCAAGAUGGAGGCCUCAUUUGUCCCUAAAGAAGGCACCUACAAGCAGCACAGAAGAACCCCCUCUUCCUCCAGCACUCUUACCUACUCUCCCCGCGAUGACGAUGAUGGAAUGCCUCCCAUCGGUACUCCUCGGAGGUCAGAUUCAGCCAUCUCUGUCCGAUCUCUCCAUUCCGAGUCCAACAUGUCUCUGCGCUCCACUUUCUCUCUGCACGAAGAAGAGGAGGACACGGAGCCCCAGGUUUUUGCUGAACAGCCGUCAGUAAAACUGUGCUGCCAGCUGUGCUGCAACGUCUUCAAGGACCCCGUCAUCACCACAUGUGGGCACACCUUCUGCAGACGAUGUGCCUUGACUUCAGACAAGUGCCCAGUGGAUGCGGCUAAGCUAACGGUUGUUGUGAACAACAUUGCGGUAGCCGAGCAGAUUGGAGAGCUGUUCAUUCACUGUAAAUACGGCUGCAGGGCCACAGCUAGCGCUGCAGGUGGGGCUGCCGCCUCCAACUCCACGGUGGCCGGGAAACCUGGAGCAUAUGAGGUGGACCCGCUGGGCUGUCCGUUCACCAUCAAACUGUCCGCACGCAAAGAACAUGAGGCCAGUUGUGACUACAGGCCGGUCCGCUGCCCCAACAACCCCUCCUGCCCCCCGCUGCUCACCAUGAACCUGGAGGCUCACCUCAAAGAAUGUGAGCACAUCAAAUGUCCACACUCCAAAUAUGGCUGUACGUUCAUUGGUAACCAGGACACAUAUGAAACACACCUGGAAGUGUGUAAAUUUGAGGGUUUGAAGGAGUUUCUGCAGCAGACUGAUGACAGGUUCCAUGAGAUGCAGCUGACUCUGGCCCAGAAGGACCAAGACAUUGCUUUCCUGCGCUCCAUGUUGGGCAAACUAUCAGAAAAGUUAGAUCAGCUCGAGAAGAACCUGGAGCUCAAAUUUGAUGUGUUGGAUGAGAACCAGAGUAAGCUGAGUGAGGACCUGAUGGAAUUUCGCAGAGACGCCUCCAUGCUUAAUGAUGAGUUGUCCCACAUCAACGCCAGGCUCAACAUGGGGAUCCUGGGCUCAUACGACCCCCAGCAGAUCUUCAAGUGCAAGGGGACAUUUGUUGGCCACCAGGGUCCCGUUUGGUGUCUGUGCGUCUACUCCACUGGAGACCUGCUCUUUUCUGGCUCUUCAGAUAAGACCAUCAAGGUAUGGGACACCUGCACAACCUACAAGUGUCAGAAAACCCUAGAGGGUCAUGAUGGCAUUGUACUGGCACUGUGUAUCCAGGGAAACAAGCUAUACAGUGGCUCUGCAGACUGCACCAUCAUCGUGUGGGACAUCCAGACCCUGCAGAAAGUCAAUACUAUCCGUGCCCAUGACAACCCUGUAUGCACACUGGUCUCCUCCCACAACAUGUUGUUCAGCGGCUCCCUAAAGGCCAUUAAGGUGUGGGACAUCGUUGGUACGGAGCUAAAGCUGAAGAAGGAGCUGACCGGUCUGAAUCACUGGGUUAGAGCACUGGUGGCCUCCCAGAACCACCUUUAUAGUGGCUCCUAUCAGACCAUCAAGGUGUGGGACAUUGAGUCUAAAGAGCAGGUGCGGACCCUGACAGGUCAUGUGGGAACAGUUUAUGCUCUUGCUGUCAUCUCCACCCCUGACCAGACCAAAGUGUUCAGCGCCUCCUACGACCGCUCACUCAGGGUGUGGAGCAUGGACAACAUGAUCUGUACCCAGACCCUGCUGAGACACCAGGGCAGUGUAACAGCUCUAGCUGUCUCCAGAGGGCGCCUCUUCUCUGGAGCUGUGGACAGCACUGUCAAGGUGUGGACAUGCUAAGCAAACAGUCUGCUUGGCUCCAGUCGACUUCACACUCCAACGGUAACCUUUUCACGCGAUUUCCUCCUCUGCACCCGUUUCUUUGGUUGUGAUUUGCCGGCCACAGACCGAUAAUAACCGCCACUUCACAGUCAAGCUGCAUCGGAACUAUUUUACUAAGUGUUGCUUUUAAAACUUCAAACAAACAGUCCGACACAUGGACCCGACCGUCAGUGUCGAGGGUCACGCUCCUCAGUGACCUCAUCAUCAGUGCAUUACUGGGCAAAAUAAGACGAGCUGCCUUACAGUUGCACCCCACUGCACCUGCAUCAAACCCGAGAGCGACUGGACGCUGCAUCCCCGUAGUCAGAGCAGGAAGACGGUCCGGCCUGCUUCCUGUGGACAACCUGCCAUUAUGAACUGUACUGAUGCCUAAUGCAUACUGUUCAAAUAAGUGUAAGGGCUGGUUUCACAAAUAUGGAGAGACACCACUCUUGCUCCAAAUGUUAUCCCAUAAUGCACCAGAUCAAAGUAAAGAAAUAGAUUAUUUUAUGCAAA